AGACUGAAGGUGGCAGGUGGGGACGAUCUGAUCCGGUCUUCCAUCUGAGAGAAACUACUAUCCAGGUUUCUGCCUGGCUACUAAGGUCGUAGGUCUUGUGCAUCAUGGCUGAAGAUUUAAAUUCGACAGCCUUAGAUAUUAUAACUGCCUUCGAGGCUCUGGACACAAAAAAGGCCCGCAGAACAGCAUAUCAUGGAAUCUUGGAUUUACUUGACCUUGAUGAGUGGCGCGAAGUCAAGGAACGGGCAGAGUCAAAGUCCCUCAAGCGUGAUAUCCUGGGUUCACUUCCAGUGGAACUUGUCGCUCGCAUAUGCCAGCUGCUUGGGUUAGCAGACAUAGUAGCUCUGCAGUCAGUGUCUACACGCUGGCAUGAGUUGCUAUCAUCACCCGUCAUUUACAGAACUGCUCUUCGGUCUCAUGGUAUAAAUGGACCAUAUGACCGGUUCUCUGACCAAGAAAUGCAUUCCAUCUUCGUUCGACAUGCAAAACGGAGGCUUCGUCUAGAGCUAGGGCGACCUUACAGCGAAGCCUUCUAUCCAGCAUUACUGGGUCGCCUGGGGUCCGAGAACGUAGUAGCAUAUUGUGACGGGCGAUUGCUAUGGGCCGAUCGAGACCAGGACGACGGUCCCUUUGGUCUGGCGCUACUUUCUCUAACUACUGGCACGCUAUCUCGGUUCUUUACCGAGGAGAGAGAGGUACCGUUCCAUGUGGCCGUUUCUGAUAGUGCCGUUGCCAUGAUCUCAAUGCGAGGUAAUUGCUUUGUCGCCAAUUUCACGACUUCUGAAGAGGCAUGCCUCCGUCUACCCUCCGCCGGCGUCUAUUACUUCACAAUGUCCGGCGACCGGGUCGCUGUGAUCACUCGCAAUUGUCAUCUCUCUUUCUGGGAUCUUAAGUCAAAAGUCACGAGAGAGUUCAAGCUCGACGUUCUACCAUUGUGUGUAGCAAUCCAUCCUACCGAGGAUCGCUUUACAACACUACAUCUAGAACAUGACGGCGUUAGCUGCAAUAGCUACCAUCUGCACGACACGGCAGUUGAUGAACUUGUCGUGACGCACUACGACGUCACAGGAACCACGAUCACCAGACACCAACCAUCAACCGUACUCCGACCGUUCCCAGAAAACACGCGGGCGUCGACAAUGUACAGACGCGUCGACUCAGCCGCCUGCAACAUAGGAGUCUUGCAUAUAGCACCGGAGAAUCAGCCCGAUAAACCUAAUUUGAUGUGGAUCUCUUACGACCCAACAACUGACAAGAUAUCUACUCGUUUCGUCGACAAAAAGAGCAGUGAUACAUUCCUAGGCAGUUUUACUGGGUGGCGGGCUACCCAUGUUUCUAACAACUUGGUAUAUUACAUCUCCCCUCAACGUGGAGGCUGGGACGAAGAUGCGGGACCGUAUAUCUUGAACCUGGAUACCGGUCUCGUACAUGAACCGAUGGAUAUCUCCCUACUACGUACUCAACAAACCCUAGAAGAGACGAUCAUCAAUGAUGAUACCCCCACAGAUUGGCUUGAUCGUCCGAUGAAUGUCUUGUUACGCACGUUUGGAGACGACCCCUUCUUUGGGUGGGCGACUCAAACCGGAUUCAAGAUCUACUGCUUCGACGAAGAUAUCGACAUGAGCUGGGCUCAGACAAUACCCCAGCAAGGAUGAUAAAAGCCAAUAGUCGAACUCUUGUCAUUAUCGUGUGACAAUUAGAAAAACUGGAAUGAAAAAAAAAGUACAAUGGAAGCAGCGCACCACCACUAAGCAAAAGUGCAAGGUGACAAAGG